AUGAAUUCAGAUGCAGUAGUGACUCCACCGUCAGUUUCCUGGGCACAGACAAAUACUCGUGUAUUUUUAACGUUCAACGUGGAAUGUGAUAAGCCGUAUAUUAAGAUAGAGAAAAAAAUAAUUUUAUUUAAAGGUACUUGUACACCAGAACAGAAAUUAUAUGAAGUUUGCAUACCUUUAUAUGCCGAAGUAGAUCCAGAUAAAAGUAGCUAUGUGAAUAAAGGUAGACUAAUUGAAGUUGUAUUAGCCAAAGAAAAACAGGACGAGGCCUUUUGGCCUGCAUUGACCAGUGACAAAAAGAAACACCACUGGCUUAGAGUAGAUUUUAAUAGAUGGCAAGAUGAAGAGGAAAGUGGUGAAGAGUAUGAUAAUAUGGAUGACAUGUUCUCUAACAAGAUUGGAGAUUUUGGAGAUGACUAUGAAAAUGAUGAUUCAAGCUGUAAUGAAGAGGAAGAAUUGCCUGAUAUAGAA